AAACAUACAGCCCCCUCCCCGGUUUGGAGAGUCCUACAGUGAUAGCGGGCACACGAUGAAGAGUUGAACGGGAUACGCACCACCACUCAAGGUAUAUUGCACAUGCUGAGAUAUCCAUCUUCUAGUCUCUGGCGGCCUGACUUGCUCCCGCCCGCUCUCCCUUUUCAGCUGAACUAUAGAGGAAAGCCAUGAUCCAUUCCGUUCAAUAGACUCGGAAACCCAGACAGAUAUGAGGAGCCCCUUGCCUGCACUCGAUGCCAGGUAACCUACCUAGCGCCAUUUGGUGAGAACGAGAUGCAGGAAGUGAGAGUAAGAGUGAGGUUGAGAGAGUGAGGGCGUCUCCGGAGACUGGCAAUGACAAUGCCGCCAGCCGAAACGUCAUCGAUGCCAAGCGCGGAAGCGAGAAAGAUGUCCGUUUGAGUAUCUCGGCAUCCUUUGGUUCCUCCUCUCCUGUCGGCCUCCACCUCUUAGGCUCCUUGAAGCGACCCCCCCCCCCCAUGUAGUCCCACUACCACUCUCUCUGCUUCCAAGUUCACAAUCCCACACUGCCUCCUAUUCCCACUCUUCUCUCGUUCUGCCCGUCCUGCAUCACCAGGACAAACACUCCUCACCACUACAGUCUUUCCCUCUCCACACGUUUUUCUCCCUCUUGUUCCUGUCGUUCCCUUCCCUUCCCAAACCCUUUUUCUUUUUUACUCUACUCCUGCGCUACUCCCCUGUUCCUAGACCCCAUUUCUUCCUUUUUCCGGGUCUCGACAUUGACAAACAAUUGGUGCAUCGGAUUAAGCUGACGCCUCGCAACGCCCGUGAUCCGAAGUCUUGGGUUCAUUGGCACGCCUGUUCCACUGAACAAACGCCCUUUGCCUCCCAGUCUACCUUUUUACACCACCACCACCACCACCACCACCACCAGGUCCCUUAUUCCCUUACUUCUUCCCAUUCUUGGCACUAAACCAGCACGACAUCCACAUACACACGUUCCUUCAAUCGCCCUGCCUCUCGUUCGGACCUUCUCUCUUUUUCACUCGAGGCUUUCUUCCCAUCGCAAGUACCAAAUCCCGCCACUCUUCGCUUGUUAGACCGGUUCUUUUAGGCUGGACAGUCUUACGUGCGCCCACCCUGCCGACUUCCCCCACGCCCGGGAUCGAUCUACGUAGUGAAACCUCGACAGUCGUAAGCUCAGCUUCUCAACCCCCCCUCCCCCUCGGCGACAGGGUGAGAGGGUCUCUGUGGACGAACACACGGUCUGCACACAAAUACACCAACAGGUCCGACCUUGCGACAACGAACAGAGCUGAACAAUCGAACAACCUCAGCCUUGAAUCCAUCCGAUCAACCGACUACCUGCAGCAAUGGCGGAAUCCGACAACUUCAAGAACGAGGCUCGACGGAGCGAAGAGGGCCAUGGCCUCCUAAACGGAGAUGAGAAGCGCGUCGAGGAGAGCUACGAUCUCGAGGCCAAUGCCAGCCCAGCCACCGAACAACAGACCAACGCCGAGAGGAACCGCAAUCCCGUCGAAUACACCAUCUCGCCUCAGGUCAAGUUUGGCUGGUUGAGCGCCUACUUCAUGUUCAGCUUGGUCUUGACCCUCUACAACAAGUUAAUCCUCGGCGCUUUCCCCUUCCCGUGGCUUCUCACGUCACUUCAUGCAACUUGUGCGAGCUUGGGCUGCUACACGCUGCUUCAAUGCGGCUACUUCACCAUGUCUCAUUUGGGACGCCGCGAGAACCUCAUUCUCCUCGCCUUCAGUCUGCUCUUCACCACCAACAUCGCCGUCUCUAACCUGUCACUUGCCAUGGUCUCUGUGCCGUUCUACCAGGUCCUGCGGACGACUGUCCCCGUUUUCACCGUCCUCAUCUACCGUGUCGUCUUCGGCCGCACCUAUGAGAAGAUGACAUACCUGACGCUCGUGCCCAUCAUGAUCGGUGCUGCCCUGACCACCAUUGGCGAGUACACUUUUACAGACUUGGGUUUCCUGCUCACCUUUGCGGGUGUCGUGCUUGCUGCGGUCAAGACGGUCGCUACGAACCGCAUCAUGACCGGGCCCCUCGCUCUCCCUGCCAUGGAGGUUUUGCUGCGCAUGUCGCCCUUUGCGGCUAUGCAGUCUCUGGCUUGUGCCAUCGCCGCCGGCGAGCUCGGCAACCUCAACACCAUGCGGUCCGAGGGCAACAUCAGCCUCGCUACCGUCAUCGCCCUACUCGGCAACGGCAUCCUCGCUUUUGCCCUCAAUGUCGCCUCUUUCCAGACGAACAAGGUCGCCGGUGCUCUCACCAUGAGCAUCUGCGGUAACAUGAAGCAGUGCCUUACUGUCGGACUCGGAAUUAUCGCCUUCGGUGUAGAGGUCCACCUGUUCAACGGCUCCGGUAUGAUCCUCACCAUGAUCGGUGCCGCCUGGUACAGCAAGGUCGAGCUCGAUCGAAGAGCCCGCAAAUAAACGGCUCAAGUUGACUGGCGAGUUGCGCAUAUAUGCGCGUGUAACGACUAUCAGUAACGGCCGAAAAAAAAAACAUAGAAUCGGGCGCAGGCAGAGCCAGAUCAACCCGCGAAGUCGUGGGAACGG